CCUCAUUGCAACACAUUCCGAGCUUCACGCCACCAGCCCACCGCCUCGCCGCCCACGAUAUUCUCAUCAUCCCUCGACCGACUCCCUCGCCGCCUUCUGUCUGCCCUCGCCGCACCGAGAACUACGAGCCGUCAACUUUUGAUGGUCCUCCCCUCUUCGACUUCCCAUCUCCUCCGCCUCGCUUUGCCGGCAUGAGCGGGCGGCUGAUAGCGGCGGCCGGGCGGCUCCAGGGCAUGCGCUCGGCCACCGUUCGAGCUGUACGUCAGUAUCAUCACCACCCUUCUAGCGGGCUUCUACGAGCCGAAGCUGCCGUCCGUGCAACCCGGAGACACAUGCGCUUCCCCGUCAACUCGUUCCAUAAUGCCGUCAUUGUGCGGAACGCCUCCUUCGCCCGAUUCCUGCCCCGGAUAGUCGUCAAGUUUGUCAGGAUCCCGGCCAUGGCAGGCGGGGUGAUGAUAGGUGGACUGGCCUGGAUACAAUACCAGGCUACGCAGGCCGGAAACUACGCCUGGGAUGUAAUCCACAGCACGAAAGAUGCCUUUACGAACGGGGCAACAGUCCUAGUUGGUGGCGUGAGGGGUAUUGCCGACCAGACAGCGCGAGGCUGGCAAAAUACAAAGGAGCAGAUGGAGCUGCCGGAGUGGAUGCAGAAGAUGCUGAAGGUGCAGGAGGAGAUCGGCAGCGGAAAAGGAGACGAAGGGCCGGGGGGAGAAGAACCCCCCAAGCAGAGCAGAACGGGUGCCGCGGUCGCAGCUGGCGCGGCGGCGGCGGCGUAUGGCUACGACCAAUCUUCCGAGGAGGACCCGCGAAGUGCGGACGAGAUGGCCAAAGAUGAUCAAAUGAUGGUGCUGACGAAGAAGAUGAUCGAAAUCCGAAACAUCCUUGCCAGAGUUGGGCAGUCGAGUACGCUCACCCUACCGUCCAUCGUCGUAAUCGGUUCCCAGUCAUCGGGGAAGAGCUCCGUGCUCGAGGCCCUCGUGGGGCAUGAGUUCUUACCCAAAGGAUCCAAUAUGGUCACCCGGCGGCCCAUCGAGCUGACCUUGGUUAAUACCCCCGAUUCGGAUGCCGAAUAUGGCGAAUUUACAGACCUAGGCUUGGGGAAGAUCUCGGACUUCUCGUCAAUCCAGCGGACUUUGACCGAGCUCAACCAAGCCGUUCCGGCCAGCCAGUGCGUGUCGGACGACCCGAUCCGACUCUCCAUAUCGUCGCCAAACGUCCCGGAUCUGUCGCUCAUCGACCUCCCCGGCUACAUCCAAGUCGUGGGACAGAACCAGCCGAUGGAACUCAAGCAGAGAAUCUCAGAGCUCUGUGAUAAAUACAUACAGGCCCCGAACGUCAUCUUAGCGAUCUCUGCCGCGGAUGUCGACCUAGCUAAUUCGACCGCUCUGCGAGCCAGUAGGAGGGUUGACCCGAGGGGUGAAAGGACGAUAGGCGUCGUGACCAAGAUGGAUCUCGUCGAUCCCGUACGAGGUGCAUCGAUAUUGAGCGAUAAGCAAUACCCGCUGCGGUUAGGCUACGUAGGCGUCAUUCCUCGCGUGCCGACGGCGACGGGCUUGUUUAAAAAGGGCAAUGCAAACCUCACGUCUGCCAUCACACGAAACGAAAACACAUUCUUCUCAGCUCAUCCUCUGGAAUUCGGCGCCGACUCGGAUAUCCAAGUGGGGACAUCGACACUCCGCAAGAAACUCAUGCACGUCCUAGAACAGACCAUGUCGGCCAGCCUACAAUCCACAAGCGACGCUAUACGGCAGGAGCUUGAAGAGGCCACAUACGAGUUCAAGGUUCAGUACAAUGACCGACCGCUGUCUGCCGAAUCGUACCUGGCCGAGAGUCUGGACGCCUUCAAGCAUUCGUUUAAGCGGUUUUCCGAAGAAUUCGGCAGACCGGAAAUGCACGAACUCUUGAAGAAUGAGCUCGACCAACGGAUGCUCGACCUCUUGGCAGCUAGAUACUGGAACAAACCUGUCUACGACCUCAGCGUCCCCAUCGCCGAGCCUAACAGCCUCGCCGACCUGCCGAAAGCCGACCCGGACUCCCUCUACUGGCGGCGGCAGCUUGACGCCUCGACCUCUGCCCUUACGAAACUAGGCGUCGGUAGACUUGCCACCAACGUGGUAGCGAAUUCGAUCCAGUCCCACGUCGACGCUCUGAUCGGCCAGUCGACCUUCGUGAACCACCCGUUUGCGCGCCAGGCGAUUACCGAGGCAGCCUCGAGCAUCCUGAACGACAGGUUCUACAGCACCAGCGACCAGGUGGAGAACUGCAUCAAGCCGUUCAAGUUCGACAUCGACAUGGAGGAGCGCGAGUGGACGGCCGGCCGCGAGCACGCCCAGGGCGUCCUGAAGAAGGAGCUGGAAGCCUGCGAGGGCGCCAUGAAGGACCUGGAAGUAACGGUGGGCGGGCGGAGGAAACUGAAGGAGGUCAUGACCUUCGUGGAUAAGGCGAGGAAGGGCGACGUAGUGGUCGAAGGAGAUCGCCACGGCGCCGGAGGGUUCAGCGCCGAGCUGCUCUCUCGAGGCCGCGAGGCGGUGUUCCUGCGGGACCGGGCGGACAUCAUCAAGAUGCGAAUACUGGCGGUGAAGUCGAAGCAGUGCGCGAACAUGAGGAACAAGUACUACUGCCCGGAGGUGUUCCUGGACGCGGUGGCGUCGAAGCUGGCGUCGACGGCGGUGCUGUUCCUGAACGUGGAGCUGCUGUCGGAGUUCUACUACAACUUCCCGCGGGAGCUGGACAUGCGGCUGGGGCGGCACCUGUCGGACGACCAGGUGGAGAAGUUCGCCAAGGAGGACCCCAAGAUCAAGCGGCACCUCGAGGUGAUCAACCGCAAGGAGCUGCUCGAGCUCGUGCUCGAGAAGAUGGAGAGCCUCCGCCAGCUCGACGGCCUCGAGCGCGAGCGGACCAAGGGCGGCGGGAAGAUGAAGAAGAAGAGCAGCGAGAAGGAACGCGGUCGGUGGGGGCUCUUCUGAGUUUAUUCAUCUGCCUCUGUAGGUGACCCUGGACACGAAUCGUUACGACAACCGGAGGUUUCGGGAAGA